AUGGCCGGUUACCAACGAGCCAUGAGUUUUUCAGAACGGAGAGGAAGCGCCCUCAGCGACGACAUGACACUCCACACGACUACCAAUCCCAUGAUCAACCAUCGCCUAGAAAAGCUGCCCGAGCAGCAACGACACUUGCGUAGUCCCCCAACCCCCAGCAUGUCCACGCCUGCUGCAGACUUCGAUCAACAACUUACUGGUUCACCCCCACCGCCUCCCACGCCUGCUGCGUCUCCAGGGCCAUCGCAUUUCCAACCGGACUGGAGCGAUGCUGCUGAUGACGAAGACUUCUUUCUCGCCAAGGUCCGGCAACAUUUCAAGAAUUGUUCCGGUCCUCAGCGUACCCGUGUUCUGGCAGAUUUACUAAAUCUGUGCACCAGUCAGCAGCUGAGCUUUGUGCAUCAAUUUGUCAGCCCUCUGCUGAAAAAGGACCCCUUCACAAGUCUCCCGGAUGAGUUGUGUCUUCGGAUAUUGUCUUUCAUUGAUGACCCAAAGGUCUUGGCACGAGCCUCGCAGGUAUCUAAACGAUGGCGGGAUCUUCUUAGCGAUGACAUGACCUGGAAGAAUCUUUGCGUCAAACACGAUUAUGGCCGCCGAUUAUCAGAAGUCUACACCCAUGCUCCAAAUUUCUCUUCAAGACCAUCUAUUCAGGCCUUACAAGGACUUGAUGUCGACAUGACCAGUAAUAGCUUCCCGGGCACGCGCCCUUUUUCAUACGCAUCGGGCACCCGAUCCUUUGACGGGCCUAAUGCUUCUGCCAGACCCAGGCUACGGACCUACAAGUCUCACUUCAAGCAGAGAUAUCUGGUCGAGGCUGCAUGGAGAUCCGGUGGCACCAGCACAACGCGGAAUAUUACCCAGGAGGGUGGUGUUGUUACAAGCUUACACUUGACGUCCAAGUACAUCAUUGUGGCACUCGAUAAUGCGAAGAUCCACGUGUUUGAUACAGAAGGAGAUUCGCAACGCACCCUUCAGGGACAUGUUAUGGGCGUCUGGGCCAUGGUCCCCUGGGAUGAUACCUUAGUCAGUGGUGGCUGUGAUCGUGAUGUCCGAGUGUGGAAUCUCAAGACUGGCGCAUGUUUACAUACCUUACGAGGCCAUACAUCGACCGUUCGAUGUUUGAAGAUGGCAGAUGCAAAUACUGCAAUUUCUGGGUCCCGAGACACAACUCUGCGGAUUUGGGACAUCCGGACCGGUCUUUGCAAAAACGUUCUCGUUGGUCAUCAAUCUAGUGUCCGAUGUCUUGAGAUUAAGGGCGACAUUGUUGUAUCCGGUAGCUACGAUACCUUUGCUCGUGUAUGGAGCAUCUCUGAAGGUCGCUGUCUCCAAACAUUGCAGGGCCAUUUUAGUCAAAUCUAUGCCAUUGCUUUCGAUGGGAAGCGAGUUGUCACAGGCAGUCUGGAUACCAAUGUCAGGAUCUGGGAUCCGACUUCUGGCGAGUGCCUAGCUAUUCUUCAGGGUCACACAUCUCUUGUUGGACAGCUCCAGAUGCGUGGCGAUACGCUAGUCACUGGCGGAUCAGAUGGAUCAGUUAGGGUUUGGUCAUUGGAAAAGAUGUGCCCAAUUCACCGUCUUGCAGCUCAUGACAAUAGUGUCACCAGUCUGCAGUUUGAUGAUACUCGAGUCGUGAGCGGUGGUAGUGAUGGUCGAGUCAAGAUUUGGGAUCUCAAAACUGGACAUCUCGUUCGAGAACUCAUUGCCCAAGGCGAAGCUGUCUGGCGGGUAGCCUUUGAAGACGAGAAAUGUGUUGCCUUGGCAUUGAGACAAGGUCGAACAGUCAUGGAGGUGUGGUCAUUUUCACCACCCGAAGAGAUGCUUUACGACUGUCCUCCUCUCUCCCUUCAACAGCGGGUAUUAGAGGACGACCCGAGCCGCCCGUUGAGUGCCAUGGCCAUCGACUACCGCAUCUCACAACCAACAUUGAUUAGUUCCAGCCGAGAUCCUUCAACUCAGGAUGCCGACAUGCAUGACGCCGGCCCAUCCACGGCCCCUCUGCAGGGUGGUACAUUUUUCCAUGACGAUUGA